UUCAACGCUCUCUCACGCUCGCAAGCUGAGCGCCACGUUUCCAUUUGCGAAGAACAAAGCAAAAAGGCCUCCGAAUCGAACCAAGUUGCUCCGAUCCCCUCCAUCUCCAUCUCCAUCCAUUAUUUGAAUUGUUCCUCUAUCAAUCAACCGGAUGCGAUUCAGACGAACUUGAAGGAGGAGAAGAGAUCGAUUGUUUCCAUUUCAUGGGAAGGAGGAGAAGCAGGGAAGGUAGGAAGAGAGGUUAGGAUGCGGUAUUGGGAGGAAAAGGGCAAGCGGAGGCGUCGUCGAUUACAUGCAUUGGCGCUGUUGUUCUGCCCCGGCGAGGUGAAAUCUGUUCGAUGGAUGGGGUUCCUGGAUCGUUCGGCACGGCAGCCAGUUUGUCUCUUAGGUUGGGGCAGGCUUUCUUCUCCAUCGCUUCCCUCCUUUUCAUGUCCGUUGGCGUUGAGUUCUAUGGAUAUACGGCUUUUUGUUUUCUAGUCACUAUCAUGGGCUUGUUGAUCCCGUGGAGCGCAACACUGGCAAUUGUCGACGUAUACUCAAUUUUCGUUAGUUGCCGUCUUCGCCUUCCCGGAGUUAUGGUGAUUGUGGUUCUAGGAGACUGGUCUUUAUCACUACUCUCAUUGGCAGCUGCUUGUGCAACCGCCGGCGUAGUGGAUUUGCUUGUCCAUAUAAAUGACUCUUACUGCCCUCCUAAAUAUUGCGGGCGAUACCAGAUUUCUGCUGCAAUGGCUUUCCUCUCUUGGGUUCUAACUGCAGCCUCUUUCCUCUUCAACCUAUGGCAAGUGGCAUCUUUGUGAGUGAUUCUGUUCUAACUUCCUCUCUUCUAUUUAUUGAAUUAAUUGAAUAAUUUCUCGAUCAUUGAUCAGAUUUGAGAAUUUACUUUGUAUAUAAAAUCCACUGUUGAAUUCAAAUGUUGUUUCUCAUCCAAGUGUUAAAAAGGUUUUUUUAGCAAUUUCCUUUUUCUCUUCCAAAAUGUACAGUAAGAGGUACAGUGUGAUUA